UAAUUCUUAUAAAUUUAAUUUUAUUUAUUGCACACUCAUUUAUUAUAAUUAUGCAAACUUUCAUUAAUUAAUUACUGCAAUUUUAUUAUCCGUCAUACCAUUGCAUAGGUAUUAAUUGUAUCGCAUUAUAAAUCAUCAGAAUUGUUUUACCUAUAAAUAUUUUACCUAUGUUAUAUCCCAAAUCUAUAUAUCAAAUUCGUCUGUAUCAAUUCAUUUGACGUGCAUAUUGCAGCAGAUUAUUUUUUGUUUUAAAAUGUCGAGUCUUUUUCCCGCAGAGCAUAAGAGAAACAGGAAAGAAUUAAUUGACAGGACAAUUCGUGUGUAAGGUUGCCUUUUAAGAGAAAAAAUUUUGUUAUGGCUUUUGGACUGACCCAAUGGUUGAUAUCAUUUGCCACAUUUUUAAUUGUCUUAACAAUUAUUACUUGGUCCGCGGUUCAUCUGGGCAAGAAAGAUCAGAACUCCAUAGAUAUCACUCUGAGAUAUUUCGACGUGGAUAAUUAUUCAAUUGAAUUUGAGAAUAAAUCGUUUUAUUCCACGAUGCGUAACUCGACGUUGCAAGUGAUAGAGAGUACCGACGAGCCGACACUGUUCGCGAAUAAUCAAGGCUCCGAGAUACCAGACAGUCUGCAAUUUUACGAAAUAUUGCGAAAAUAUUCGACCAAAAGUAACACUGUUAACAGUGCGUAUUAUGAUAUGACUGCGACAGCGGCAUUUGCACCUUCUGUCGUUGGGAGUGAUAAUUCAACAUGGAACGAUGCUACCACGCUGUAUAAUACGACUGAUUUGAAGAUUUUUGUAUUAUUAGAUGAUCAUCGAAACGUUAGCGGAAAAGUUACGAUAUUACCAGGUCAUAUUUCACAAACAGCACAUUCGGCACAUUUAACACACGAAGCAAAAUUAUCCGACGUAGAUAAAUCGCGGGUAUCAGAUUUGAGUCAGUCUUCUGCCGGAACGGAACUUUCCGAAUUUCUUCAAGACGAAAAAAACCAAGCGUUGAACGCAUCUGCAGUUUUUUCAUUCACGCGAGCAUUGUCUGACGAAGAACAGUCAAAUAUGACAGAGCGGACAAAAAAACUAAAGAACGAUCUGCGGAACCUAGGACUGUCAAGGCGGACGACGCGUGCGGGACUUAUGCAGCUAGCAGUCAACCCGUGCAUAAUUCUCUAUCGACUAACUAAUGGAGAAAAGGAAAAAAGUGAUGAAAUAUUUAUAGAAAAAAAUAUAAAUCCAUUAAAAAUAAAACUUAAAAUGAAAAGAAAAAGAGAAGAAAGCUCAGAUGAGCACACAAAGCGAAGACAUUGGCAGAAUGCAAAAUAUGAUACAUCAACUAAUGAUUCCCAAGAAAAUACAGAUGUAUUGGCUGAAGUAAAUUCUCACAAUUCCAACAAUUUCUCUGUCCACAUCGAGAAUUGUUAUACUAUAAAUGACCUAAUCGAAAAGGAGGUAAGAAAUGAAACAUUGAUACAUAGAAAUAAUGAGUUACUAAAUAAUUCGCAAAAAAUCAUAGAAAACGUAAUUUCGGCUAAAACAAAAGCCAAUAAUUUGUGCAAUACCAAAAGUGCAAUACCGAUUCCAUACAAUGCCGAUUCCACUGUACAUGAAAAAUAUAACGUGCUCGAUGCUCCAACAGAAAUAAGAUCGCAAGAUUACAGUGAACACGUAAAUACAAGCAUAAGACAAAUAGAGGAAGAUGUAGAACGAUGGAAAAUAUGGUUGCCCCCAAAAAAUGUCACAGCAAUGCAUCCAAAUGCAUCAAUGCCGAAAAACGCGCAACCAUUUAUGAGAAAAGUUUCACUUCUCAACGCAAGAAUGCCAAAUCGUGAUCAAUUCAUGCAAUCUUCAACAAUACCAUAUCCGGCGUCGAUAAUCCCAAACAUCAAUCAGCAGCAAUCGUUCGGCAAUUCGGCUAAUUUUACACAAGUGCCACAUUCGAGACAACCUACGCCAAAUAUUUGUCAACAAUAUACAUCUUAUAGACCACAACCUCCACCAUACUCACGUAUGCCGAAUGCUAAUCAGCAACAAUUUUUAGAAAGUGCGAGUUAUCCGACGCAAGGCCAGUAUAUGCCAUUCGGAAAUAUAUCGAAUGUCGGCAUUCAAGGGUUACAAGAUUUUGUAAAUAUGAAUACCGUUUCAUCACAUAAUGCUAAUAUGUGCUCACGUGUACAUGUAAAUCAAAGAAACGCAAACAUGCCUCCUACAACAAACAUGACAACAUCAUCACACGCCACGUUGCAAAAAAAUAUUGUUAACAGUACUGCAAUCGCAUCUGCUGCUUGCGCACAGAAACAGACGUCGCAAAUAAAGUCUAUAAGAACAGUUCAGUCGCCUAUGACGAUAAAUCUAAAUAUUCCUUGUGGGUCACGCCAGACUGUGCAAAAUGUCACAUUAUCUGAAUCUUUCAUAGAAAAUUUUAAGAGAAUCAAUGCUGCAAUGGGAAAUGUUAGACAUGGGAGUACAAAUGUGAAUCAGUAUCAAGCGAGUUGCAGUUCGCAAGUCUCUCAAGCAUCUUCGGAAAAAACGCAAUUACACAUUCUGAAUCCAAACGAAGCUCUUUGUUUAUCUCAACAGUGCAAUAUGCAUCCCGUUCAGAAUACCUUGCCAGUUCAAAAUGUGCGACAGAUAUCGCAGCAGAGUUUGCCGGUAAAUCGAAGGAAUGCAAACAUGUUCUUACAUCCUACAACGAACACGAGACUGUCACACGUCGAGUCUGAAAAUACAAUUAGCAGUAAUACAACCACAAACAUCCCACAUUUUACACUAUUCAAAAAUACAUUCGUAUGUCCGAAUGAUGUAUCGAUUAAUGAUACAUCGCACAAUGUGCAACAAAAUGUGCUAAACGAAAGAGCAGAGAUUCCCGAGUCACAAAAUAAAAAUUACAUGCAAAAGAAGGCGUCUACGAAUCCACAACGAAAUAUACUUCUAGAUGGACUUGCAGAAAAACUUCCAGACAGAUGUAACGUAUUGCAAAAUACAUCCGGCACUAUUCCGAAAACUUCCAUGCCACAAAGAAUGAAUAGAGUCUUAGAAAAUAUAAUAUUUACAUUAUAUUCACAAAAAAAUAACGCAGCGUCAAAUUUGUCAAAAUCCACAUCGACAAUUGCCAAAUUCGCACAAUCGCAAACAAACAAAAUUACAAAUUCAAAUUUUGUGAUUCUGACGGACAUUCAGAAAAUUGUAUUGCGUAAUCAAAUAAAAUUAUAUUUCACUAUGUCGGACCUACUGAAAUAUUCGCUUAACAAGCAGGAAUAUGAACAAUUGUAUUAUGAGAGAACAAUGUUGCUUUGCUUGUAUUGGAAUUUAAAUGAUUACAUAAUAAAGAUUAUGGAAAAGUUACAGGCCGCUGAAAAAUCAGUCGAAAAGGAUCCACAAGACACUACAUCACUAAACAGGUCAUUACAAGAGAACACAAUACAAACAACUGUAGACAAGGUAAUGAAGAUUCAAUCUAAUCGAGAUAAUGAGAAUGACUCAGUGAGUGAUAGGGAUUUAGAAAAGCAAUCCUCAGAACGAAGUAUUUUCCCGAGUAUUUCGAAUAAUCUUCGAAAUAUUCGAAAAUCUACAACGGUCAAGAAUAAUUUAGAAACGUCAAAUGAAGAAUCACUUUCUAUGCCGAAAUCUGCAAUAAUCAAGGAACCACUUUUACAAGACACAAGAGUACAAGAGGAAGAUAACAGCGUAUCAAGAAAACAAUUCCAAAAAGAUUUAUUGAUCGAUGUGGAAAAAGAGCCUGAGAGUACAGAAACAUCGUUGUCAGAACAGUCAAAGGCGCCAGAAGAGAAUUCGAUUGCAGAAGUGUCUGCCAAGAAUACGGAAACGAAAGAUAACGCGGAAAUUAACGAGUCUCCGAAAGCGGCAAGUUUAUAUGACAAGCAAUUGCCAGAAUUAUGCUCUCUUUUACAAAAUCCAUUAAGUGCACUACAAGAUGCGUCAAUUGAGGAAACGGAAGAUCAAUCAGAAAUCGCGAAGAAUAAUGCAAACAAGAGAUCUAGUAAUAUGGAAACGGUAAGCCUACGCGAAAUUUCUAACGUUACAAUUAUAAAUAGUAGCGGAGGAAACGAUGCGACAACACGAACUUCAUGUAAUACGGAAGAUCAAAAUGAAAAAAUAUGUAAUGUCAGUAAUGAAAUAUCCAGUGAAAAUUUACAAGAUAGUAUGCGUAAUGAUGUCGGAGAGAAUGUUAAAAUAUUAAAUUCCACAAAGAUACAGGUUGAUCCAUUGAAUAUUUCGUAUAGUUCAGAACCAUCUUUAUUAAACGACAUAGAGAAAUCGAUAUCUCCGAUUGUCUUCAAAUGUAAAUCUACGCAACUACCUAUCGCAUAUGAUAUAUCAGAAUUUUGCUUAAAUGCACAGCAAAAAGAAUCUUCGGACGAACGAAGUAAUAAUUAUACCGAUGAAAUGUAUGAAAGUUCCGAAAAACUGUAUAUCGACGAAAAUGCGGAGAAGGAAGAGCAAUGUGAUAAGGUAUCAUCUUCUAAAGAAGAUAACUUAAGUACGUCGCAAGAUUCGGUACCAUUAUUUAAUGUGAUAGGAUGCGAUUCUACAAAAGCAACUUCAUCUCCUGCGAAAAACAUCGCCGAGACAGAUUUAUCUGAUAUACAUCAAGAUUUUGUAAACGAAACAUCAGAUAUUGAGGUUUUUGAUGAGAAACCGCCGUUAGAAGUAGAGAAAACGCAGGAUAUAUUAUUAGAAUUUAAGGAUGAGAAGAAUAUGGAAGAAAGUAUGAUCGACACCACAAAGAAAUAUGAAGAUUCAAAAGACGAAAAUGAUGAGCAAUCGCCAUCAAGUGUAGAGGAGUGUGAAGAAAUGACAUUACAACUUGAAGAUUCGGACACAUCGAGUAUAGAAGUAAAGAAAAUGCAGGAUAUAUUACUGGAAUUUAAGGAUGAGAGGAAUAUGAAAGAAAGUAUGAUCGAUACCACAAAGAAAUAUGAAGAUUCAAAAGACGAAAAUGAUGAGCAAUCGCCAUCAAGAGUAGAGGAGUGUGAAGAAAUGACAUUACAACUUGAAGAUUCGAACACAUUGAGUAUAGAAGGAAAGAAAAUGCAGGAUAUAUUAUUGGAAUUUAAGGAUGAAAGGAAUAUGGAAGAAAGUAUGAUCGAUACCAUAAAGAAAUAUGAAGAUUCAAAAGACGAAAAUGAUGAACAAUCGCCAUCAAGAGUAGAGGAGAAGUGUGAAGAAAUGACAUUACAACUUGAAGAUUCGGACAUAUCGAGUAUCGGAGAGAGUUCGAUGCACUCGCCACAUUCGAUCUGCUUAAAGCUCUCUGAAGAAAUAGAAAAGGAAAUAGACACUCACAGUGGUAUUAAAGCAAUUAAUGAACAGCUCAAAUAUGUAUCCGAACAGAAAUAUGGAAAAUCACGAACAAUUUCACGUAACUCCAUUCAAAAGGACGAUCUCGUCGAUGCAAAUGUAGAAAAAGUUUUCGAUAAAAACGUUUUUCCUAACACCGACAUUGUCGAAUGUGUUUCCACGACAACCGACGAGGGUUCUGAAGUCACCGAGUUCAAUCCAAUUAUUGUGAAGACUGAAAGCGUAUCACUAUCAUCAUUCAAGAUGGAAAAUAAGGAAACAUUUCAAAGUGAUUCGGAGUUUUUGAAUGAUGGAACAUUUGAUGUAAAUGACAACCUGGGAAUUUCAGAUGAGAUAGACGAUGAGGUAAACAAGCCCUGUUUACGCUGCAAACGCAAGAGUACGGUAUAUUGUCAAGGUUGCUUGGAAGCUCAUUAUUGCUCAAAACGUUGCUCAUCUUUGCACUGGUACGCGCAACAUUACAAGCAGUGCAAGGGCAAUAAUUAUCCAAUUAUCUGCAUCGAUUAGUAUACGAACGCAUAUUUAUAUCUUAAAAUUCUUCACUACCAUUAAAUAAACUGCUAUUAGAAUUUUAAGAUUCUUGGACCAAAAUAUCUCUCAAUUAAUCAGUGUUCAUUGUUAUCUGUAUUUAAAACAAAAACUGUUGACGCGUACGUUAUUUUUGUAACAGAACAUUUCUAAAGAAUUAUGUAAUAUGUAAAACGAUUUGCGUUGUUAUCUUAAUUUCUUGCUUCGUUAACGAUAAAAGAAUAUAGCAAUAAUGAAAAAGUUGUGAAGAGUAAUGGUACUUAACUUUCUCAAGUGUUACUUUUUUUCGCGCCUAUACCCGGUACAUUUAUAGUAGCAACUGUGCAAUCGUUUGGUUAACUCGAUUUAAAUUAAUUAUAUACAUUUAUUUCACAUUUAAAUAUAUACAUAUAUAUGUAUGCACGCAUAUACACAUAUACUCAUACAUACAAAUGCACUAAUAAAUAUAUUUAUAUAUUCAUACUCGUGUAUCUAUUCAUUAGCGCAUUUGCAAAAAGUGAUGACAUAAGAAAUUAGCUUUUUCAAUUUUUUUCUCUAAUAUUUCCUUAUACUCACAAUCAGUUAUAAGACACAUUCCUCGUUAUUUUCCAUUAUCUGAUAUAGAUUAAGUAAUGAUAACAUAAAGUAUUAAUUUUGUUAUAUUAAUUUGAGUACAUAGAUAGUAUUAAGCUUACUAAAUUUACUGUGUUAUUUUAUAUUGUGUAUUUAACAUACAAUACGUUAAGUAAUUUUCAUUUUAUAAAAAUUACUUGACGUACGACUUGAUUGUGUAUUAGAUUUUUGAUAUUCGUAUACCAGAUUUGAUAAUGUUGGCGAUUGAAAGAAAAUGAUUGUUGUAUGUAUUUACAUCUUGGCGAAUCUUGAUGAUAUAUUUGUAGUAACUAUGUUCGUCGUGUGAUACAUCAAGAUGUGAAGAAAUAUUUAAAUAAAGGCCAAAAAAGGAA